UUUCAGGAAGGUUUCUUGGGGAAUUACAGGUGGAUAUUGCAGGUGCAACGCUAAUGCUCUUUUGUCCUCUCAGAUACACCUGUAGACCAGCAUUCCAAACAGUCCAGAGGGACUCCGGAAAAUCUUACGAAUUUUUGGUGAAAUGUAUUGAGUCUUUGGCUAUCACUGGGGAGAUAAAUCCUUGCGAGCUGCUUCUCACCGGAGACCGAGCUUUCCCUGUCCUUGUCAGUACCAACGGGCAAGUACUAAUAGCCGCAUCCUGGUAUGGGGCAGGCCGGAUGGUGGUGACGGCGCGCGAAGCCAUGCUGCAAAUGCCCCAGUUCCUGCCAUUCAUUAGAAGUAGCUUAGAGUGGCUCAAGCCAUCCUCGACGGCGCAGAUCGGCGUCCACAAAAGUUUGAAUGCCCUCUCCGAUUUGCUCCUCGGUAACGGUGAGAAGGUGCACCCAGAUGCAAGGCCUGGAGACACUCUUGGGGUCUACUGCAUCGAUGCUUACGAUGCCACGCAAGCUGAUGGCCUUGUGCAGUUCGUAAAGAGAGGCGGGGGUCUGCUCAUUGGAGGACAGGCCUGGGACUGGUCAAGUCAACACGGAAAGGAGAAAGUGCUGGCUGAAUUUCCUGGCAACCAGGUGACCAGCGUGUCCGGGGUAUACUUCACUAGCAACGUGGGAGAGAAUGGGAUCUUCCCAGUCCAAGAUAAAAUGCCCACGGUUCCCCUUAUCACCCAGCAUGGAUUAGACAUUGAGGGUGACUUAAAGACUCUUCUGAAUGGUGUGACGACCUUCUGUUUUAAGGGCAUUAUGCCUUCUGACCUGCUUAUCCACGGGAAUCUGGCAUUUCCAGUGGGCAUAACUGAUUCUUUCCAGUGCUUUGUUGGAGCCGCCUACUACGGCAGAGGACGUGUUGUGGUCUCUGCCCACGAAAAAAUUCUUAGCAAACCAUCCAUGAAAACAUUCUUCCUCAAUGCCAUCAACUGGGUUGCUGCUGGAAAAGAAGGGAAGGUUGGCGUCGGAGACCAUUUGAAGGAGCUUUACUCCAUGCUAAAUCAGGCUGGGAUCCCUUGCGAGCUAACCGAUCUCAAGCCUGGCUUGAGCGUAUACUGCUGCACAACUUACAGUGACACAGAGAAGGAAAGAAUCCACGAAUUUGUCUCUGAAGGAGGUGGUCUCCUAAUCGGUGGACAAGCUUGGUACUGGACUUAUCAAAAUCCCACCGCCUGUGCCAUCACGCAAUAUCCAGGAAACAAGAUACUGAAGAAAUUUGGAAUUGGGAUCACUGGGGAGGGUAUCAAGCUACCUGAUGAAAGCUACCCAGCGAGACAAGCCAGCGCUGUUGCUUCGAGCUAUCACUUCCGCAAAGCACUCUUCCAAUUCAAGGAACACAUUCAGAGCAAGCAAGACCUGCAGCCUCCAUACUCCUCAUGGCUCAAGAAGCUGGGGAAAGACUGUGCCACAUUCCUGAGCAUCUCAGCUACCAACUCUCCACCUCUCUCCUCGGUCCAUGAGGAUAUGCUGCAGCUGAUCGAGCUCAAGUUUUUGCAGCCGGAACGCACCAGAACUCGGAGAACGGAGGAGGCAUCCAUGUUGAGCUCCGGCACCUCUUUUUCUAGAAAAAUAGCACUUCUCUGCGGGAUUCCCGAUGCCAGAGCAAGCGACCCAAUUAAAAGCAACUCGGAUGAAGCCAUUUUAAUUCAAAUGACAUUUCUGCUCUACAACAAUUUACCACAUUUCCAAGAACUAGUGCCCCUUCUGAUUCCAAACCUUCCAAACUAUCCCACAGCACCUCCUCAAGUCAUUCGGAUCUAUGGAACAAAUGAUGGAAACGAAGCUUGGAGAAGCACCGGCCUUUAUGUUCCUCCGGCAAAGACCGUCACUUUGCUCUUUCCGCCCAACGCUGUCGGUGCUCAGCUGCAGGUCCAGAUUGGCUGUCAUUCCGAUGACCUGAGCAAUGCUGAGGAGCUUCAGCGUCCUCCGGUAGCCAUCAGGCGGUUUAAAGUUACGAGUCAGAGGAUGGAAGUCUCCAGCUUGUGGGGCGGCCUCUUGUACAUUGUGCUGCCAAAUAAAUCUUCAGUGGGCACCGUAUCAGUCACUGUCGAAGGGGCUUCCCUGGCUCCUUAUUUCAAGCUUGGUGAAACCUGCCUAUCUGCCUGGAAGGACACUAUCCGCUACUACCCUGCUCCCUGGGCUGAGUUAGAAACAGAAAACAUCAUAUUGACAGUGCCUUCAGGUGACGUGCGUGGAAUGGACAGUCCAGAGAUCCUUCUGAACACCUGGGCUCAGAUGAUGAGAGCAGUGGCCAAGUUAGCAGCCAUCCCUCUUCGUCUCCCCAGACCAGAAAGGAUAGUAGUAGAUGUCCAAAUAUCUCACGGUUCGAUGCACUCUGGCUACCCGAUUAUGGCUAAAAUGGGGGCAUCAGUGUCGCUCACGGAUGUACAACACAUGUACACCAAAGGCGCUUGGGGCGCGAUCCAUGAGCUGGGUCACAAUCAGCAGAAGAAGGGGUGGGGAUUCCCCCCACAUACCACGGAGGCCAGCUGCAAUAUCUGGUCUGUUUACGUCAAUGAAACUGUGCUGAACAUCCCCAGAGAAAGAGCCCACCCAAAGCUUAAACCAGACAGCAGAAAGGAGAGGGUGAAGAACUAUAUUGAAGGAAGAGCUCAGCUGAAGGACUUCAAAAAGUGGACUGCACUGGAACCUUACUUGCAGUUGCAGGAGGCCUUUGGCUGGGAUCCCUACAUCCACAUCUUCACAGAGUACCAAGCAAUGACCCACAUCCCAACUGACAACAGCUCCAAGAUGAACCUGUGGGCACGCCAUUUCUCUCAACAAGUGAACAAAAAUCUGGGUCCUUUCUUUAAAGCUUGGGGGUGGCCACUUGAGGAUAAUCUCACUCAGGAGCUGGCCACAUCCUUUCCCCCGUGGACAGAGGAUCCAAUGAAGGAGCAUGAAUCUUCCUAAGGAAGGGAAACUAACAGAUUGAAAUUGUGCUGAAUAGAAAAUACUCGCAAACAGUCAACCAAUAUAAGCCCCCGCUAUAGAACUGUAAUCCAUGUUGACAGUGGUCAAUGAAUGUAUUCAGAAUGCUUUCUUCUCCCAUUUAGCCAUUAUUCUCUGUUCAAGCAGGACCCGAGAAUGCAACAGCACUCUCUCCACUUGUGAUUCCUAGCAACUGGUAUUCAGAAACAUUAACGUCAUGGACCAUAGCUAGUAGCCACUGAUCGUCCUAUUCUCCAUGCCUUUGUGUGUGUGUGUUUUUAAAGAUUUGGU